UUGGCCUCGUUUCUUUAUUUGUCCGAUGAUUACAUCCGAUUCACCCUCAAGCAGACAAGAAAACAGCAGAGAUCGAAAUGCAGGAAAUCAUCAAACCACAUUAAAUGUCCCCUCUUUUAAAGAUGCCAUUGUCCAGCCUUUGUCAGAUGUCAUUCUGUUUUAUUUUCAGAGCGGCGCGUCAGCCUUCAAAGAUGUCAUCUGUGCUCAAAAAUACAAGCCUUUCAAAAGCAAAGCCCAAUAAGGCAGAAACAAGUGUGCAAAGCUCUUACUGGAAUAAGAUGCAGGAUCUUAAAACUGAUGACAUAAUUAGAAAGGACUAAACAACAAAGGCCAGUGGGGUAAAAUCAGAUUUACAUUGACUAACAGAAAGUUUAUAGUGCUCCUGAGCCAUGCAGCGAAAGACACCCAGAGAUAUUUCAUGUGUAAUCUGAAACGUCAGCUUGCACAGCUUCUGGUGCUACCAGUGUGACUGGACGGCGUCAUGGACCUACACCCCCUUCUUUGGCCUGUGUGACACCCCUCACAGUGUGCCAACAAUCCCUCUCAUCACAGAUCCAUGUGGUGGCGGAGUAUGUGUUGGGUGGGGCUGGACAUAGGGCUGUGUUCAAGUCAAAGCCAGUGUACCGUCAGAUUGGGAUAUAUUUAAUUGUCUUAAUCUAGAAACACAAUGGACAGAGAAGUUGGUCUGGAUCAUGCGGAGACCUUUUCCUUUGUAAACCCCUGGAUCAGAUACUUCCUCUUCUUCUUCAGCUUCUUAUUUUGGGUUUUCUCAUUGCUGAUCGUUGGAAUCGGGGUGUAUGCUAAAGUCCAAAAAGCUACAGACACCGUGCGGGACACGUUCCUGAUCGACCCAGCCGUCAUCCUAAUUGUGGUGGGGGUGGUCAUGUUCUUCAUCACUUUCUGCGGCUGCAUCGGCGCCCUCAGAGAGAACAUUCACCUCCUCAAGACAUUUUCCUUCUGCCUGACGCUCGUCUUCCUCACUCAGCUGGCUAUAGCAGUCCUCGGUUUCUUUUACUCUGAUCAGACGCGGGAUGCUUUGGGGAAGUUUGCGAGGAAAGCUAUCGUGCACUACAGGGACGACUUGGAUCUGCAGAACUUUAUGGAUUACAUCCAGAAAGAGUUUAAAUGCUGUGGGUGGAACAACUACACCGACUGGUCCUGGAACCUCUACUUUAAUUGUACAAAUGAAAACCCGAGCUCUGAGCGCUGUGCGGUGCCGUACUCCUGCUGCACUCCCAUUCCUGGAGAGGCAGUGAUCAACACCAUGUGUGGUUUUGGAGUUCAAAACCAAAACUACCAGGAUGCAAACAAGUCAAUCUACUCGGUAGGCUGUGCAGACGGAGCAGUGAUGUGGGUCGAGUCUCAUCUGUUGCUGGUGGGGGCUCUCACCUUGGGUCUGGCGUUGCCUCAGAUCGCCGGCGUUGUGCUGUCCCAAAUCCUGAUCUCUCAAAUCCAAAACGAGAUUACCGCGGCGCUUUGAGGGUGGAGGUGGUGAAUGGAAGAAAACCACCGGCAGUUCUCCGACUAGUGCAAAUACAUCAAGAGUGCAUAUCCUUUUCUUCCUGUGCCGCUGCCUUUGACAAUUGUUGAUGCACUUCACUGUGGUGUAUGUUCUGUUUUAUACUGAUAGAAACAUGUAAAUGUGUACUGAAAUGUGAAUAAAAUACAUUUAUGCCUCAUUCCAAA